ACCUUUUAUAGUGGUUUUAGCCCUCAAAACGCUUCAAUGUUUGCUACGUCUUCGUCGAACACUGCUACUCUGCCUUUAUCCAGUAGUGUUCCACAAAUUGCGACGUCCACUUUAACCACAACCGUUAUAAAACACACUUCCAAGCAAGAAAGUGGUGAUCUUCAUGACGAAGGUGAUCAUGACCAUGUUGAGGAGUUUGAACCGCAAAUUGACUUCAAACCUGUUUGCCCGCUUCCGGAGCUCGUGAAGAUUGUAACCGGAGAGGAAAAUGAAAAGAGUCAUCGUUUGGGCUCCUUAUUUGCAUUAUUUUGUUUUCACAUACUUAAGCUGUAUCGUUAUGCUGAUGAGACUAAUGAAUGGAAAGAACGUGGUGCAGGUGUAAUUAAAGUGCUCGAGAAUGCUGAGAACAAGAAAUGCCGCAUUGUGAUGCGAAGAGAACAGGUUUUUAACCUAUUCGAUUGUUUACCACUUGAUUUUUUCGAAGUACACAAGGUAUGUGCAAAUCAUCAGUUGCUACCUGGCAUGACAAUUCAAGCAAUGCCUCGUCAAGAAAAAGCGAUGAUGUGGUACUGCGAGGAUUUCUCUGAGGAACAGAAAAGUCACGAAAAACUAUCUGCGAGAUUCGCCAGUGUGGAAGUGGCGAAUAAGUUUAAGGAGAUAUUCGAGAGUGCCGUUAAGGUACCUGAGGAAUGUAAGAAGAUUGCUACCUACAUAACAGAAGGGAUACGGAGAUCAGUUCAAACUACAACCUGGGCAGUAGGUCUUAGACGCAUUCGACCUUUAGAUGCGUACUUAAACUUAAUUGCUAUUCAUCUUGCUCACGUAUUACUGCUGUUUAGAUGGGAAUGCCCUGAGUGUUACUCUCGUAAUGCAGCGGAGAAAUGCCUUUGUUGCGGUGCGAGCAGAACCACUGGCAAGACAGGAGAUGCAGCACCAAAGUAUUAUACUGUUAUUAUUGAUCUCACUUUUUUAUUGCUUGUGUUUGGUAGUGGGUUUUGUGGCAGUAAGUCAUUUGCUGAUCAUGUGAAGUCUGGCGGAUCUAUAUUUGAUGCUGCUCACACAAAAAAGGCCCAAGAAGAAUUUGCAUCGCAAGCCAAAAGCAAGGUUAUUUCGAAUAAAGGAAAUAGUGCAGAUGGAGAAGUAGAGCGUGGGGCUGAUGAGGAGUUCGAACCGAACGUUGAUUUCGCUCCUGCUAUUCCUUUACCAGAUCUUGUAGAUGUAGUAACAGGAGAGGAAGGAGAGCAGGUUAUCUUUACUGCUCGAGCAAAACUAUAUCGUUUUAUAAAGGAGACGGAGGAGAACAAGGAGCGAGGUGUGGGCGAUCUCAAGAUACUACGCAAUCCCAAAAACAAUACACAUCGUGUGGUAAUGCGUCGAGACCAUGUGCACAAAGUCUGCGCAAAUUUCGCUAUUCUGCCCUCUAUAGAGUUGAAUGAGAGGAAAGGUGUACAACCUGCGUACAGUUGGAUAUGCCGGGUAGCCAGUGAUAUCUAUUAUUAUCAGAAAUUAUAUUAUCGUUUGCGUAGAAUCCCAGUGACAACGUUUAACUGCAGGAUUAUUCCGAAUCUCGAGAAGGGGUGGAUGAAAUCUUCACAGUGA